AUGCUGGAUCCUCCCUUUGUCCCUGAUCCCAGAGCAGUCUACUGCAAGGAUGUGUUGGACAUCGAGCAAUUCUCCACAGUGAAAGGAGUUAACCUGGACCAAACAGAUGAUGAUUUCUAUUCCAAAUUUUCCACUGGAUCAGUGUCUAUUCCAUGGCAAAAUGAGAUGAUAGAAACAGAGUGUUUCAAAGAACUGAAUGUAUUUGGACCAAAUGGUACUAUUUCACCAGACCUAAACAAAAGCUACGCCCCAGAGCCACCCAAGAAAGGAUUGCUACAGAGAAUAUUUAAACGACAGCAUCAGAACAAUUCAAAGAGUUCUCCAAAUUCAAAGGCCAAUUUAAAUCACCACAUAAAUUCAAAUCACGUAAGUUCAAACUCCACUGGAAGCAGCUAGUUCCAACUCAGUUUUAUGAAACAUGUUACAUCCUUCCACUAUCAUCUAUGGAGCUUCUAUGGAUGAAAGAGCCUCCACCGUUGAGUGAAAAAAAAAAAAAAGGAUCUCCCAAAAAUGGAGAUUUUCUGUCCAUUCCUUCCAGUGGAGCCUCGCAUUUUGAGAAGAAUUUUCCACUCAGGUCUGUUUUUGGAGGUGGCACUCAAGACUGUGUGAAUCAGAUUUAUCUAUUUAGAACAUUGCAAUAGAAAUUCAAUGAACAUGACUACUUGCACGUAUUUAAAUAGCAUCAUACUAGAACUGAAUUUUGUCUUUAUUAUUUUUAAAGAAAAGUUUUGUAAAUUUCUCUAUUGUCUCAGUUUACAUUUUGUACAUUUGUAUUUAAAUGAAAGUCAGACUUUGGAGGUGUAUAUUUUCCAAGCAGCAGCUGUAAAGCCAUGUGUUUUAAGACAUUUUUUUAAAAGAAAAAAAAAAGUGACUCAAGACUUCCAGAGCCUCAUACGAGAA